AUGGAGUGUGGAUAUGCCACAACACCAAGUUUCUCCAUCGAUCACCAUCAAAACUGCUUCCUUAAAGAUGGAGAGGCGUUUCGCUACAUCUCCGGCAGCAUCCACUACAGCAGGAUUCCCAGAGUCUACUGGAAGGACAGGCUACUCAAGAUGUACAUGGCUGGUUUGAACGCCAUCCAGACAUAUGUGCCAUGGAACUUCCACGAGCCGGUGCCUGGUCAGUACGACUUCAGCGGAGACCGGGAUCUAGAGCACUUCCUACAGCUGUGCCAAGACAUCGGCCUGCUGGUCAUCAUGAGACCAGGCCCCUACAUCUGUGCAGAGUGGGAUAUGGUGAGAAAAGACUGAGAGACUUGUAGGCAGAGACACAUGCAUUUUUUUUACAUGCGUGAACUAUAUGUAAAUAAAUAACACAUAUUUAUUUAUAUUUUUUCACCCUUUUUCUGGACAAAUAAAUACUUUUUUUCCCAUACGCAGGUGGAGAAUGAAUAUGGGAGUUACUUUGCCUGUGAUUAUAAUUACAUGCGGCAUCUCAGCCAGCUGUUCCGCUCUCAUCUGGGAGAAGAGGUGGUCCUGUUCACCACAGAUGGAGCAGGUGUGGGUUAUCUCAAGUGUGGGUCCCUCCAGGGCAUCUAUGCCACCGUUGACUUCGGCCCAGGUUCAAAUGUGACUGCUGCUUUUGAAGCACAGAGACAUGCAGAGCCACGUGGGCCUUUGGUGAACUCUGAGUUCUACACAGGCUGGUUGGAUCACUGGGGCGAGAAACAUGUCGUCAUUCCCACAGCUGCUGUGGUCAAGAGUCUCAAUGAAAUUCUGGAAAUGGGAGCCAAUGUCAACUUAUAUAUGUUCAUCGGUGGAACUAACUUUGGCUAUUGGAAUGGCGCCAACUCUCCUUAUGGUCCUCAACCAACCAGCUAUGACUAUGACGCCCCACUCACGGAAGCUGGAGACCUCACAGAAAAGUAUUUCGCCAUAAGAGAAGUCAUCAAAAUGUACAAAGAGAUACCAGAAGGACUGCUGCCUCCAUCAAUGCCUAAAUUUGCUUAUGGACAGGUGCAAAUGAAGAAGCUCAAGACAGUGUCAGAGUCUUUAGAUAUAUUAUCUUUCUCUGGCCCUGUAAAAACUCUUUACCCACCAACAUUUACUGAAAUGAAUCAGGCCUUUGGCUUUAUGCUGUAUCAGACUGUGUUACCUGUCAACUGUUUGAAGCCCACCCCGCUGUCGUCCCCGCUAAAUGGAGUCCAUGAUCGGGCAUAUAUAUCCAUUGAUGGUAUUGCUGCUGGUAUUUUGGAGAGGAACAAGGCACUCACCAUCAAUAUAACAGGGAAAGCUGGCAGCCGUGUGGACGUCCUAGUGGAGAACAUGGGCAGAAUCAACUACGGCAGAGAAAUUAAUGACUUCAAGGGUCUGGUGUUUAAUCUGACUCUGGGUGCUGAUGUUCUGGGUAACUGGACGGUGUACUCUCUGAGUAUAGAUGAAGCAGUGCGCGAGGGGCUGUUGUCGGCAUCAAGCGGAUUCAUCUCCACCUCCACCAGCUUCACCACCUCCUCUCCUCCUGCUCUUUCACCUCCAACCUUCUACGCUGGCAGCUUCAUCAUCCCCGACGGCAUUCCUGACCUCCCUCAGGACACAUACAUCCAGUUUCCCAACUGGAGGAAGGGUCAAGUGUGGAUUAACGGUUUUAACGUGGGCCGCUACUGGCCGUCCCGUGGGCCACAGGUGACCCUCUUUGUCCCAGCCCACCUGCUCAGCACCUCCGUCCAGAACAACAUAACUGUUCUGGAGUUGGAGGCGUCACCUUGCUCCUCAGGUUCCUGCACGGUGGAGUUCACUGACACUCCUGUCAUAAACGGCACUGUGAAGUCAACCGGCCUCUUCAAGAGUAGCUCAACAGACAAGACCUUCUGGAGCAGAACGAUCUUAGAAUAAAACAUUCGCAUCACACAUUUCACUGAUCUGAAGGAAUGAAAUAGGAAGCUGUAAAGGAUAUGACAUGCACGAGUAUUGUAUGGAAUAUGUGAUCACUGUGAAUGUACAGUAAUAUCUCGCACAUGUACAGUAAUUCUCAGGUAUCAAUGCUGCUCAGAAAAUGAGCUGUGAUCGUAAUUUUAAUGCAUUAGAUGCCUUUAAGAUGAUGUUAAUAUUGAUUUUCUACAGCUGAUUUUAAGUCCUUCUAUUAUUUGCACUUUUAAUUCUUUUGAAUAUAUAUAUAGAAAUCUUCGUUUUUAUUUUGACAAACAUGGUAUGGUGUUUAGUCAAGUGCCUUUUUUUUUUUUUUGCAAAUUAGUGACUUUUUUACACCACAUGCUUUGUGAUACAUCACUAUGAAAUAGCUAAUGUUGAAUGUUUUUGUAUCUGUACACUGUAUGUCUAUUAAUUGUACUGUUAAAGCAGUUCAAAAAUCUAUGGUUGUGUGUGAAAUAAACUGCAUUAUUUUAUACAAA